CUCUCUGUGUGUAAAUCUCUCAUCUUCCCUUUUCUUCUUCAUCAUCUCGAUCAAUCAUCAUCCAUUAGAUUAGCUCUUUCGAUGUUUGGCCCAACAAUCGACCUUUAAAGUCCCUUUACCCCCUCUCCAAACCUUUCUUCCUCCAAUAACACCCUUCCCUUCCCCAUCUCAACUCGGUCGUUUGAUUCUUUAUCUUCAUUUGGGUUUCUUUUUUCUCUCCCAAGUUUUUAUCCUUUUUUCUCUGAAUUUCCAAAUUUUCAUAUUUAUUUACCUGAUUUUCAAUUUUUCCCAAUAAUCUACUUUUAGGAAGCUUCAAAAGAUAUUUUCCUUCUAAAAAAGAAAGCAUCUUCAAUCUUUAUCUGGGAUGGGAAGGGUUAAGCUAAAGAUCAAGAGGUUAGAGAACACAAAUGGUCGCCAAGCAACUUAUGGAAAGCGAAAGCACGGUAUAAUGAAGAAGGCUAAUGAGUUGUCAAUAUUAUGCGAUAUACCCAUUAUCCUUCUUAUGUUCUCACCAACUGGAAAGCCUUCAUUGUGCAAAGGAAAACGCAGCAUGGAAGAAGUCAUGAUAAAAUUUGCUCAGCUUUCACCUCAAGAAAGGACAAAAAGGAAGUUGGAAAGUCUCGAAGCUUUGAAAAAGACAUUUAAGAAGUUGGACCAUGAUGUCAAUAUACCAGAAUUUUUUGGGUCAAGCACUUUGAUUUUUCAGGACCUUACAAACCAAUCAAGUCUAUUGCAUAAACAACUUUUAGAAAUGCAGAAGAGAUUGAGGUAUUGGACUAAUCCUGAUGAGAUCGACAACAUUGAAUUAUUGGGCCAGUUCGAGAAUUCUGUACAAGAGUCGCUUAGUCGAAUCCGAACACAUAAGGAAAAUAUAAGACAACAACAAAUGGAGUCUCUAGAGUGCAACAGUCAGAUUUUUAUACAGUGUCAAAAUGGAAUUCAAGUACCUUUCGGAAUGAAGGUUGAGCAGCAAUUCCCACAUUUACAAUGGCUUUCCCACUGUGACAACCAACAUAUCAUGUUGCCAGAUGAUCCAAAUCUACUAGCCCAGAGGGAUGUUGAAUGCUCUGCAAGUUCAUCGUAUGGGAGUUAUUCGGGAUACUUCAGCUUGGGAAAAAAUUCUGAUCUUUCCAAUUCUGGACAAGAAAGUGGUGUGAGCGGUAUUCUGAAUGAGUUAAAUUGCAAUGCAUCUUUGAGGCUGCAAUUGACUGGGAACUACCCCUACAUUCCGUACAAUCUUAAUUUGCUUAAUGAUGGAAAGUUCCAGUCCGCAACAACAGAUAUUAGCCUGCAAGAAAUUCCUGUUGACUUCCACGUUAAUGGAAACUUUGAAGCACCCAAACCCACUUAUUGUAACACUCCUGGCAGUUGGACUUCCACAUCUGGACCCUGUGCUGUUACCAUGUUUGAUGAGCAACUGUAUUCCCAGCAACCAAACUGAUUUUUAGAAUCAACAAGUGAUUGAAGUUUCUCCAUGAGCUAGCUUGGUUGUAGAUCAUCCAGAGAAAUAAUCAAAUAUCAGGAUCCUCUGCUGGAAUUUGGUAAAAGACAUUUAUGUUUAAUCCUUGCAUCAAAAAGAUCCACAAACAAGAAGAAAUGAGGUGUACACAUAAUAAUACACAAUGUAAUGCCCUAAAGUGGAUGAUCAUCGGUUCUUGGAAAGAUAAAUGGUUACCGAUCGAAAUUAAAGGUCCUCGCUCUUGCGCCUAGAUAGUUAUUGGAAUCAUCUUUCAUUUGGUCUUCUGUAUAUAUACCACAUUGCAUAACAUUGGAUUUGUUCUCCUAUUUCCAUUUGAAGUUUAGUUUUGUUUCUCCUAGAGACAUGAACACCAAAUAGCAGUCAAACUGAUAUUAUCUUCUUGUCCUUCCCACAAAGAACGUCUUGAUCAGUUGUAAACUAGAAAACAAUCUAUUUAUCUCCUAUCAUAUCCCUACAUAUAAAAAAUACA